GUGGACAACAAGUUUUUGGCGCCAUGCUGGAGCCCGGAGUCAUAAAGAAAUUAGAUGAGGUGGUUGUCAAUCGCAUAGCCGCUGGCGAAAUAAUUCAACGUCCAGCCAAUGCUCUCAAGGAACUGCUGGAGAACAGUCUGGAUGCCAAGUCCAGCCAUAUACAGGUAAACAUCAAAUCUGGAGGUCUUAAGCUGCUGCAAAUUCAGGACAAUGGCACCGGCAUACGCAAGGAGGAUCUGUCCAUUGUCUGCGAGCGCUUCACAACCUCCAAGCUGAGUAAAUUUGAGGAUCUGACAGAGAUCGCCACCUUUGGAUUUCGUGGCGAAGCAUUGGCUAGCAUCAGUCAUGUGGCCCACCUGACCAUACAAACCAAGACGGCCAGCGAACGUUGUGGCUACAAGGCCAACUAUUCGGAUGGAAAACUGGUGGGUGCACCCAAGCCAUGUGCCGGCAAUCAGGGCACCAUCAUUACCAUUGAGGAUCUGUUCUACUCUAUGCCUCAGCGGCGACAGGCACUCAAGUCCCCGGCGGAAGAGUUUCAAAAGAUCUCCGAUGUGGUCUCCAAGUACGCUGUGCAUAAUCCCCACGUGGGUUUCGUUCUACGCAAACAAGGCGAACAGUCGGCACUGAAGACACAGGCAUGUAGUACGCGGGCGGAGAAUAUACGGGCCAUUUAUGGUGCUGCCAUUGCCAAGGAGCUGAUGGAGUUCCGUUAUAAGGAUGACAUGUUCAAGUUCGAUCUAGAGUGCCAACUUACCCAAGUGAACUAUGCGGCUAAGAAGUCAACGCUGCUGCUGUUCAUCAAUCACAGAUUAGUCGAGUCGCCAGCACUUAAGACCGCCGUGGAUGCCGUUUAUUCCACGUACUUGCCCCGUGGUCAACAUCCCUUUGUCUACAUGAGUCUGAUGAUGCCACCGCAGAAUCUGGACGUCAAUGUGCAUCCCACAAAGCACGAGGUGCACUUCCUCUAUCAGGACGAGAUCGUGGAUCGCAUCAAGCAACAGGUGGAGGCUCAGUUGCUGGGCAGCAAUGCCACCAGAAGCUUCUAUAAGCAGCUCAAACUUCCAGGCACUUCGGAGCUGGAAGACACCCAAAUUCAGGAUAAAACCCAACGCAUCUACGAGAAGGAAAUGGUUCGUACGGAUUCCACUGAGCAGAAACUGGACAAGUUUUUCAAGCCGUUGGAAAAGAGUGAUUCUGGGCUGUCCAGCAGUUCCAGCAAUGAAACGCCUACAGGUUCGCAGGAGGAGAGUUUCCGGGUAAUAGCGGCCCGCAAAUCGAAAGAGGUGCGUCUUACCAGUGUCCUGGAAAUGCAGCAGAGCAUCGAGAGAAAGUGCCACAUCCAGUUGCGAGGCAUCCUCAAGCAGCUGGUCUAUGUGGGCUGUGUGGAUGAACGACAUGCGCUCUUCCAGCACGAGACGCGUCUCUACAUGUGCAACACCUUCGCCCUUAGCGAGGAAUUGUUUUAUCAGCGAUUGGUCUACGAGUUCCAAAAUUGUACCGAGAUCAGCGUGGUGCCGCCACUGCCACUGCAGCAGCUGCUGCUCAUUGCUCUGGAGAGCAAGACAGCCGGCUGGGAGCCGGAGGAUGGUGACAAAUCGGAGCUAGCCGCAAAUGCGGUGUCCAUUCUCCAGCAAAAGGCGCCCAUUAUGCGAGAGUACUUCGCUCUGCGCAUCUCGGAGGAGGGAUGCUUGGAAUCAUUGCCAGCACUGCUGCCACAACAUGUGCCCAGCCGUGCCCAGUUACCCAUUUAUCUGCUGCGUCUGGCUACCGAGGUGGAGUGGGAGCAGGAGGCGGAGUGCUUUCAGAGUUUCUGCCGUGAAACUGCGCGUUAUUAUGCCCAGCUCGACUGGCAGGAUGAUGGUGAUAUGCGCAGCCAGCAUUGGCACAUGGAACACGUAUUAUUUCCAGGCUUUAAGAAGUACCUCCUGCCGCCGGCAAGACUCAAGCAGCAGCUCUAUGAGCUGACCAAUUUACCCACCUUGUACAAGGUCUUUGAACGUUGUUAGCCAACAAUAAGCGUAAAAAUUUGAUUUUUUUUAAUUAACUGUCGAACUGGAGUUUUUAAAAAUUAUAACAAAACAUGCCUGCGUAGCCCACUGUAAGCUUUUAGAAAUUUAAGCAAUCAUGCUAGCAAAACCAAAAGCUUUCUCAGCCAUAAGUUAAGCCUAAAUGUUUGCAUGAAAAAUUAAAUAAAGUUAAUUUUUUUUUGUUUUA